GCUCAAAAAAAAUCCAAGGCUCCAAAAUAAUCCAAAAAAAAUUCAAUUGCCUGAUUCAAUUGAGUUUUUUUUGGAAAUUAAUAAUCCAAGGCUCCAAGCUGACAAGCCGCACACGGUUACUGCUCUCAUAAGCAAUCUGUAAGGCUCUCUCUCGUCGUCGUCCUCCCGAUGUUGAAUUGAGUCGUCGGCGGUUGGAUCAUUCGGAAGUCGUCGAAGCUGACUAAUUGAUCUGAUUCACUUGCCUGUUGUCUCAGGGUUAAAUAUUCAAGUCAAUUUAUCCGAAAAGUUAUAAGCCACGAUGUUUACGAGAAUCUUCGGGAAACCUAAACAGGAAACAAAUGCGCUUACCACUCUAGACAAAUUAAACGAGACACUUGACAUGUUAGAGAAAAAGGAGAAGGUUCUACAGAAGAAAGCUUUAGCUGAAGUUGAGAAGGCCAAGGACUUCACUAAAGCUAAAAACAGAAGGGCUGCGAUUCAAUGUCUUAAGAGGAAAAGGCUUUAUGAACAACAAAUUGAACAACUUGGGAACUUCCAAUUGCGUAUCCAUGAUCAGAUGAUAAUGCUAGAAGGCGCUAAAGCCACAACAGAAACUGUUGAUGCUUUGAGAACUGGAGCUGCUACUAUGAAAGCCAUGCAGAAGGCUACGAAUAUUGAUGAUGUGGACAAAACAAUGGAUGAGAUUAAUGAGCAGACUGAGAAUAUGAAACAGAUUCAGGAAGCGCUGUCUGCUCCACUUGGAGCAGCAGCCGAUUUUGAUGAGGAUGAAUUGGAGGCUGAACUUGAAGAGCUAGAAGAAGCUGAGUUGGAGGGACAACUUCUUCAACCUGCUACGACCGCACCUGCUGCACCAAUUCAUGCACAAGCAGCUAGUGGUAGGCAACCGGAACAUCGUCCUCUCCGGAAGAACACUGCUGAGGAAGAUGAAAUUGCUGCUUUGCAGGCUGAGAUGGCUCUUUAGAAAAAGGACUUCGUGAGAGAUUGGAUGGAUGGAAAGCACAGUUUGGUGUAUCUCUGCUCUCUUCGUUUGAGAUUUAAUUAAUGAUGUGCAUUUGCAGAAUAACUGUACUAAUGCGUGUACUAUAACUGUGUAUAGAUUGCAUCGAACAUUCUCUAUUUCCAAAUACUGGAGUUCUGCAAAAACUGUGGCUAGUCAUCUAUAGCUGUUGGAACGUAAAUUUAAGUUUGUGCACACAUAUAAAAGCCUCCACUUUAUAAUAACUUGUAAUUUUUAAAAAAAAUAUCACCUUAUGAUUUGCUUUUCUGUGCCCGUGCACGUGUAUGCAUAUACAACUAUAAUACAAGUGAAAAGAAUUCACUUUUGCUUGGCCUUAAAUCCACAUAUACAGGCGUACCUUAUCUUGGGCUCUUGGCCUUAUGCGAGAAAUUACUACUUAUUAGUUAUUCUCGAAAGUGUUUGAAUUACUUUUUCUUUCCGUCAAAUGUCUAUUCUACUAAGCCUUUUAAACUUAUUGUGGGAUGUAUUUGUAUGAAUAAGUAGGAUUAGAAGGGGGUUGGGUUAUUAUCAGGAGGAGGUUCAUCCGCAUUCGCACACCUCAAUUUCUCAUACUCCAUCCGUUCGUGAAUUUGAAACAAACAACGGGAUUUAAGUUCCUAAAAACGUUAGAAGUAUUAGAGUUCCCACUAGUGAUGGACCCGGGUCCGGGCCCGACCGGGUCUGGAUGGCAAUGGGUUAGGCCUGGGACCGGCCCGGUUGUCCACCGGGUUCGGGCUGGGUCCGGUUCUAUUUUUUUUUUGUUUUCUUGAUUAUUUCAUCCCCUACCCCUCAUCCCCCAAACCCAUCGGAAACACCCAG